AUGUCGUCCUGGGGUGAUCCGACAGUGUGGAAUGAUGGUCCUUGGCCUGGCAAAGGCACCGAAGAUUCCGACAGUGUGAAUAGCGAAGUUCAAGUUGGUGAAAUUGGACAUAUCUGCCAAGUCAGAGAUGCCUUUGCCGAGUUCAACAAAUCUGGCGAGUUGGUCAAAUGGCUCGACGAGAUCCCCAAUAAGAGUCCUGACCUCGAGGAAGAAGAGCUAAUCCUCAAGGCCAAACGGAUUCGCGAUACUUAUGCUAUCGUCUGUGGUCGCUACCCAACCAAAGAAAAUACCUGGGAGAUUCGUACCAUCUGGAUCAACAAUCCCAUUCUACAGGAUAUUCUACGAAAUAUUUCCGUAGAUCCCGAUUGGAGUUCCAGCGCUGAAAGUAUCAAGUUUGAAAAGCCGUUUGCCUCUUUGGUUCAUCACUGGGAGCAAUUGUGCGAGUUAGCAGAGGCCGAUGCUGGUUCCGAGGCCCAGAGAUUCAUGAAAUUACUCGUGGAUUUACUCAAGGGCGAACUGCGAGAUACUCUCAUCCGAGUCAAGAAGAUCAUGAAAACUGGAUGUGCUGCUUUCGGUGACCUUCAAUUUGUCUUCAAGCCUGGUCAGCUCUUCUUUGACUCCCGCCAUCCUAUGGGCGCAGGCGUUUGCCAGUCUUACGUGCAUGGCAAAGUUCCAGUCGAUCAAGUUGCGUGGAAAGGGGAAGAGUAUCGUUUGACCGAUUCGACCUUCCAUCUCCCCAGGUUCGCAGGCAUUCGGCCCAUCUCUGAACUCAGCGUCCGGCCAGCAUGGGCCUGUUCAAAAGAUGACAUCAAGAGCAUGAAGGCUGCUCUCGUCAAACGUGGCCGCAAGUAUGAAGCACUAAGAGGUAUUCAUUUCCGCUUUUAUCCUGGUAUUAUCGAACAAGGAGUGGUGAAUUUGGAUAAAGGUUGGGGAGCCGACAGCAUCCCAAGCCUCCCUAAUCGAGCGAUCGCAGGACGAGUGAUCGUAGAUGCGGCAGGUCAACACGGGCAUGAUGCUAGAUGUUCCUACCCCCUGUCCAGUCUUCCCACCAGCAGUGCAAUGUACAGUAACGGACAAUAUUCUAAGGCCUCUACUUCUAGCGGCCACCAAGAGUCACAGGAAGAUAGCGAUUGGGAGGUCGAAGAAGAGGAGGAUCCCAAGCACCUCACGGAUGAGCAGGCUAUGUUGACCGUUUCAACCGUGAAAUGUUUCUCGAUCGAAAACAAGACGUGGUGUACGGCCGAGGUGGACGAUCUCAAAGACAUUGAGUGGAACACUCAGGCCUUUGACAACCUCGUCAUCGAUGAAGCAGAGAAGAGACUCCUAGUCGGAUUUAUAGGUGCAGCCACGAACGGAAAGUUGCAGGAUUUCGACGACUUUGUCGACGGAAAGGGAAAGGGUCUUGUCAUGCUCUUGUGUGGUCCCCCCGGUACGGGAAAGACAUUCACUGCAGAAUCCGUCUCCGAGAAUCUGAAGCGCCCUCUUUACCGCGUUGAUACCUCGGACCUGGGGAUGGAUCCCAAGAACCUGGAGAGUAAUCUCAAGACUGCUCUUGAUCGCUGUGCGCGCUGGAAUGCCAUCCUCUUACUUGAUGAAGCAGAUGUGUUCCUUGAAAAGCGCACCAGCAGCAAUCUUACGCAGAACGAGAUGACUACCAUUUUCCUUCGCGUCCUGGAAUACUACAAGGGAAUCAUGAUGCUCACCACGAACCGCUACCUUGCAAUCGAUCCCGCGUUUGAGUCACGAAUCGACCUUUCAUUUUUCUUCCAGGAUCUUGAGCCAGCCUCCCGAGCCAAGGUCUGGUACAACUUUCUUAUCAGAGAAGACAAGGCGUUGGCUGGUGACAGCGAUGCGAUUGCGAAGCUGGCCAGCAUGCCUCUGAAUGGCCGACAGAUCAAGAGCGCCGUCAAGACAGCUCGAAUCUUGGCUGCCAGCGAGAACUUGCCUCUUGCAGUUGAUCAUUUGCAGACGGUUGUUUUCAUGCGAAUGAAAGCCUUGAAGAUGAUGGAGUAG